CUCUGCAACACGAGCAUUUCAACGUUAUUAAUCUUUCUCUAACUGUUGUUGACAAGAAUCAUGUCGGGCGAUGACACUAUUCCAAUAACAAUUGAGUUCAGUGGAGGGCUCGAGAUCCUCUUUGCUAAUCAGAAGAAAUAUGAUCUUUCGCUGCCCGCCAAAGACGAAUCUGGCAAGCCUACAAAUAUUGCUUUUCUAGUGAGGUUUCUUUGUGACAAUGUCAUGAAGGACCCACGUAAGGAACUGUUCGUGCUAGACGGCACUGUACGGCCUGGCAUCCUGGUCCUUAUCAAUGAAGCGGACUGGGAACUAGAAGGGGAAGACGAGUAUCAAGUACAAAGAGGGGACCAUGUCAUGUUUGUUUCUACGCUUCAUGGGGGUUGAAAUAUGUGCAUUGGGUAGAGGAAAUAUCAGUGUGCCUGGGUGAUGUUUGGUGCACGAAAGAUGUAUGGCGUUGUGUAGUACAUUGAAAUAGUCAUCGAAUCCAAGAUGCAAGCCAGGGGCUACGAAGGAAAGCAUCAUCUGGCUUACAUAACAUGUCGAUGCGAAGUCGUGGAAUAAAAGUGCUGCGUUAGCAUCGAUGGUGCUAGCACUACCG